UGACUAAAAUUAAGUUGGAAAGGAUUGCAGAUCUGUUCGAGUAUGCAUUCUUUGAUGACUGGGAUAAAAUGAAACCCAUUGUUGAAAAAGAUCCAAAUAGUGUACGCAUUCCAUUGACUGGAGGCAACAGAGUUCUUCAUGUAGCAGCAGAUUUGGGGAGCACUGAUUGUGUUGAAGGGUUGGUUGAGCUUAUGAGGCCAGAAGAUGUGCUAAUGCGUAACUCAGAUGAGAUGCUUCCAGUUCACUUGGCUGCUUUAUCUCUCCAUCGCAGAAUAGUUCGACUUCUAUGCUCUGACGAUCUGCUUGACAAAAUGGAUUACAAGGAUAUUGAAAAACUCUUUUUUAUGACCAUUAGCAACGACAUGUUUGAUGUGGCCAUUAAAUUAUUUGAAAAACGUCCACGUGAAUUGACCUCUGCAAGAGAUGGACAGCAGCUAACAUCAUUGCAUAUGCUGGCGGGAAAGCCUUCUAAAGUUCUAGACAGAAAAUUACAGAGCGACAUUGAAACAGGAGAACCAGUAGGAACGGGUAUGCGAUUGCUGAGGAGUAUAUGGAAAAAAGUUACAAAUCAGGAAAACGAAGUUAAUAAUUUUGAGUUGAUUACUCAACUAUUGCCUGAUGUAAUAGAAUCAGGAAACGAUGACUUCGUAACAUGGUGUUUUGGGGAGAGUUCUGGAAUACUCAUGAACUUAAAGGACUCCAAUGGACGGAACCUACUGCACUUGGUUUUUCUAUAUCGACGUAUCAAAUCCAUUCCUGCAGACUUUAGAACUUUUAAUUUUUGUAUACCGUAUUUAGAAAGAGCAGUGGACAAUGAAGGUAACAACGUUCUACACCUGGCUGCGCUUUUGGCCCCUCAAUUCAAAUCAUUCUCAGGUUUAAGUGCAAAAUUUCAAAUGGACAAAGAGCUCUCUUGGUUCAAG